GUGGCCAUGGUUCUCGUACUUUUGGUUGCCAUUCCUCUGCUGGUCCACACGACCAAAGUGGGAAGUGUUGGAAAUGCCGGUAGCCAUUAUGAAAUGCUUGAAUCCUGCAAAAUGGUAUGUGACACCACAGCUCAGCCAGGCCAAGAGCUGACCGCUGUAUCCCCACCGCCACAGGAUUACUCUGGAAAGAAGAUCAGGUCUGGUCUUCGCGGGCCCCCAGGGAUUCCCGGACCCCCAGGAGCACGUGGACCUCCUGGAGAGCCAGGCAAACCUGGACCACAAGGUCCACCAGGCCCAGGCCCCGGUGGCUAUUCCCCUUCCCUCUACUCUCCUAAAAUUGCCUUCUAUGCAGGGCUGCGCAGACAGCAUGAAGGGAGUGAAAUACUAAAGUUUGAUGACGUGGUCACGAAUGUGGGCAACUAUUAUGAGCCCAGCACUGGGAAGUUCACAUGUCCUCUACCUGGCAUCUACUUCUUCACCUACCAUGUCCUUAUGAGAGGCGGAGAUGGCACUAGCAUGUGGGCCGACCUAAAGAAGAACGGGCAGGUUAGAGCCAGUGCCAUCGCUCAGGACGCCGAUCAGAAUUACGACUACGCAUCCAACAGCGUGAUCCUGCAUCUGGACGUGGGUGACGAGGUGUGUGUCCAACUGGACGGGGGCAAAGUGCACGGAGGCAACACCAACAAGUACAGCACCUUCUCUGGCUUCCUCAUCUACCCUGACUGA